UUUGUACAAGACAGGUAUAAGUGCAGGGAAGUUGACAAUGAAGAUCGCACUUUUGCUUGUUCUGUUGGCGGUGUGUAAUUGUUCUGAAACACAUAAUGAAAUGGCACUUAGAAAUGUUAUUUCAGCCAUUUGGAAAGCGGUUUUACUUUUGAAGAAUGAAGACAAAGAAUUCAAUUUGGAUGGAAUGGCAGGAUUCAGGCUCUUAUUAGAGCAAAUCAAAGGUACACUUAAAAGAUUUGAAGUCAAGAAAGACCUGUAUGAUUGCAUAUUACUGAAAAGGAUGGAGAAAGUAUUGAAUAAUUCACUCAACAAUGCAUUAUACUAUACAAAGCAAAGAGAUCCUCAGUACUUUGAUGAGUUUCUAGGACUCUUUGGAGAUCAGUUUUGGAUUCUUCCUUCUGCCUGGAACCAUACUAUCCCAGAACUUGUAUACAAAGAAAAGCUACCUGAUAAAUCUUUGUGUUUAAUUGAGGAAUUUAGUGAUCAGUGUAUGUCCGCUCUUCUGGGAAGCCCGAAUGGAGACAAAGAGGCCUGCAUUGUGAGUAGUCCUUGCUGGAAGAAGAUGAAGCAAAUAGGAUGCAGUGAUUACUCACUCUCUCACCAACUUCUGUAUUUUAUAAUUGGAAAAAUGAAAAGAUGCAGAAAUGAUCUAUUUAUAAAAGAAGGCAAUAACUACAUGAAUAUAUAUUGUGCAAAUAUGAUGAAAAUCAACCAUGAAAUUGAACAAAAUGGAUAUCCCUUUCAUCAGCAAGAUAUUUUCAUGGAAAAUAUAAUGCUGUGUGGGUUAUGUGGAUAUUCAGAUUUCUACAAACUAGAAUGGAUGAAUAAAAUUAUCAGCUGGCAGGAUCCUGUAAGUGGCUGCUUUGGUUAUAUAGGUGAAAAUGGUAUUACAAUGAAAUCUGAUAAAAUAAAUUAUUUUCCAAAAAGAGUUAAAAGGAGAGAGAGAAUGUUUUUAGAUAUCUGUCUGAGUCAUAAGACAGCGAUGGCUGUUGGAGCUCUUGGAGGCUUUCUCUAUUAUUUCACCAUGUAAAUGCACA